AUGUCAACAGCUAAACUUGAUUUCAUUAGAAAUUACGAAUUGGAGAUUCAAAAGGAAUGGGAAGAGACAAAGGCAUUCGAAGUGGAUGCUCCAGAGAACCAAUCGAAUGAAGAUGCACCAAAGUACAUGGCAUCAUUCCCAUAUCCAUAUAUGAACGGUAGACUCCACAUCGGUCACGUUUUCACAAUCACAAAGGCAGAGUUUAUGUGUCAGUAUCAACGUCUCAAGGGUAAGCGUGUUCUCUUCCCAUUCGGAUUCCAUUGCACCGGUAUGCCAAUCAAGGUCUGUGCCGACAAACUAAAGAAUGAAAUGGCACAAUUCGGUUGUCCACCCGUGUUCCCAGUGGAGGAGACGAACGACGACGAAGAGAAGCCAGCAGCCGUCGCCAAGAAAGACGAUCCAUUGGCUUUCAAGUCGAAAAAGUCAAAGGUACAAGCCAAGACCGGUGGCGCCAAAUACCAAUGGCAGAUUAUGCAGAGCAUGGCCAUUCCAGACGAGGAGAUUCCAAAGUUUGCCGACUCUGCCUACUGGUUGAACUACUUCCCACCACACUGCAAGACCGAUCUCCAGACCAUCGGUAUGGGUAUCGAUUGGCGUCGUUCUUUCAUCACUACCGACGUCAACCAAUACUACGAUUCAUUCGUACGUUGGCAAUUCGAGACAUUGCGUGAGCUCGGAAAGGUCAAGUACGGAAAGCGUUACUCGAUCUGGUCGACCACCGACAACCAGCAGUGCGCUGAUCACGAGCGUGCAUCCGGUGAGGGUGUCCAACCAAACAACUUCACUUUGAUCAAGCUCGAAGUUCUCGAGCCAGUGCCAGAGUGUCUCAAGGAGGUCGCUGCCACCGGAAAGAAGAUCUACUUGGUGCCAGGAACCGUUCGUCCAGAGACAAUGUACGGACAAACCAAUUGUUGGAUCCUCCCAACCGGAAAGUACGGUGCUUUCCAAAUGAAGAAUGGUGAGGUGUUCAUCUGCACUGAACGUUCCGCCAGAAAUAUGUCUUACCAAGAGUUGACCGAGGAGACCGGAAAGUAUCCAUGUUUGGCCAAGUUCACCGGUGACCAAUUGCUCGGUGCCGCUUUGAAAGCACCACUCGCCGUCAACAAGGUCGUCUAUGUAUUGCCAAUGUUGUCGAUCGACGAGAACAAGGGUACCGGUGUUGUAACAUCGGUUCCAUCGGAUGCUCCCGAUGACUAUGCUGCUCUCCACGACUUGAAACAAAAGGAGCCAUUGAGAAAGAAGUUUGGUAUCAAGGAUGAGUGGGUUCUCCCAUUCGAAGUCGUUCCAAUCAUCGAUAUUCCGGGUUAUUCCAAUACCGCCGCUGUCAAAGCUUAUCAAGACUUGAACAUCAAGUCCCAGAAUGAUCGUGCUUUGCUCGACCAAGCCAAAGAUGUCUGCUAUCUCCGUGGUUUCACUGAGGGUAUCAUGAUUGUUGGUGAGCAUGCCGGUAAGAAAGUACAGGACGUCAAGAAGGCAAUUAAAGACCAAUUGAUUGAGAGUGGACAAGCUUGCAACUACUCUGAACCAACCACUCCAGUCAUCUCGCGUUCCGGUGACGAGUGUGUCGUCGCUUUGACCGACCAAUGGUACAUCAACUACGGUGAAGACGAUCCCCAAUGGCGUGACCAAGUCAACAAGACUCUCGAAUCGAUGGAACUCUUCUCUGCAGAGACAAAGAAGCGUUUUGAGACUGCUGUAGGUUGGUUGAAUCAAUGGGCUUGCUCUCGUUCAUUCGGUCUCGGUACCAAGUUGCCAUGGGACGAGCAAUUCUUGAUUGAAUCACUCUCUGACUCUACCAUCUACAUGGCAUUCUACACCAUUGCUCACUUGUUGCAUCAAGAUUUCAACGGUAAGGUCGUUGGUCCAGCUGGUAUCGCCGCCACCCAAAUGACCCGUGCCGUCUGGGACCACAUCCUCUUGGACAAGCCAUACCCAGAGGGUUGCGAAAUCUCCAAGGACACUCUUGCCGUAUUGAAGCGUGAGUUCAACUAUUGGUAUCCAUUGGAUCUCCGUGUCUCUGGUAUCGAUCUUGUACAAAACCAUCUUACUUUCUUCCUCUACAACCACGCUGCCAUCUUUGCAGAGAAGAUGCAACCAAAGGGUAUUCGUGCCAAUGGUUUCGUCCAAUUGAAUGGUGCCAAGAUGUCCAAGUCCAGUGGUAAUUUCCUCACCUUGUUCGACGCCGUCCAACAAUUCUCUGCCGACGGUACCAGAAUUGCUUUGGCCGAUGCCGGUGACGGUAUUGAAGACGCCAACUUUGUCGACAAGACAGCUUUGACCUCGUUGUUCAAGGUACACACUCAAGUCCAAUGGGUACAAGAGAUGAUCGACAUGAAGGACAAAUUGUACAGCGGUGAAUCCAACCGUCUCCAAGACGUCAUCUUUAUCAGUGAGAUGAAUCGUGCCAUCAACAAGGCCGACGAAGCCUACGCCAAGUCACAAUUCCGUGAGGCAUUGCACACCUGUUUCUUUGACUUGCUCAACGUUCGUGACCACUACAAGUUGGCCAUGGCAAAGAACGAGAACAUGUCAUGUGAACUCAUCUUCAAGUACAUCGAAACUCAAGCUAUUCUCCUCUUCCCAAUCAUUCCACAUUUCUCACAAAAGGUAUUCUCCAUGAUCGGUAAGGGAUCUAUCCUCGCCGCCCGUUGGCCAGAGUCAUCAAACAUUGAUUACCUCGCUUUGAGAACCAACGACUACCUCAAGAGCACCGUCUCUGAAGCACGUAACAAGGUCGGUAUUUUCUUGAAGAACAAGAACAAGGGUGGAAAGACCGACGCCAAGGCAGAGAAGGCAACCAUCUACAUCACCAAGAACUUCCCCAAGUGGAAACAAACCGUUUUGCUCUACCUCCAGACCAUCUACAACGAUGCCAACAAGUCAUUCACCAAGGAUGUCAGCGCAAUCCUCGAAGAUCUCAAGAAGAUGGAUGAACUCAAGCCACAACUCUCAAAUAUCAUGGCAUUCGUAAGAAUGAUUGAAGGUGAACUCAAGACCGAAGGUAAACAAGCCCUCGAUACCUCCAUGCCAUUCGACGAACAAGAAAUCAUCAGUCAAAACAUGGAAUACAUUUGCAGAGCACUUGAAUUGACCUCUGUAGAAUGUCAAGAGAUCGCUGAUACCACCGGUAUGAAGGGUGCACUCCCAGCUCCUGGUAAACCAACUUUCUUGAUUCAAUAA